CAGUCCGACUUGGCUGCACUUUCCCACGCGAGUCGUCUUUCUCUCCUCCGUGUCGUGUUCGAAUUGCGUUUGAAGACCAAGCCGAGCCCCCGUCGCGUCGGAUAGGAUUUGAACAAUUCAGCGACAAUUUGACAAGACGACGACGUUCUCGGAAUGGUAGUGGCUGCAAAAGUCGAUCCAAGUGAGACAGACAACGAGGGUGGCUCGGGGGGCGAGACGAGGCGAGGCGAGACGAGACGAGACGUGGAGAGGCGAGGCGAGGCGAGGCGAGGCGAGCAUUUCAUUAUGCGUCAUGUGCUCACCACAUUGUUUAACAUGCUGGACUCAUCUCGACGGAUUAAACGCAGAGCAGCGGGGUACCCGACUGAAGCCACCGCACUUGUGUGGAGACAAAUCGCCCAAAAGUCACCCACUCAAAGCCGUUUUGGCACUUCGAGUGAAUUAAAAACAGACCAAAUAAAUCCUGCGGCGCAACUACGCGUAAUAUGAAUACAAUUCCGCUUCAAUUAAAAAAAAAAAAAACAACAACAACGAUGACAUCGCAACAGUCUAACUAUGUAUUUAUUUAGAUCACACACACGGCCUGGAAUUCAAAAAAAAAAAAAAUAAAAAAUUAGGAGGCCUCCUCGAACCGACAGUAUAACAAGUGCCAAACUAAAGGCACAUUGCGGAUGAAAAAUAACAAUUGUGUGUAGAAGCAGAGAUAAAACAUUUUACAAUCCUUUGAAUUAUUUACGAGGCUGUAAAAUAUUUUGAGUUAACAGCGAAAGAAAGAACAACAAAAUUAGCAAUUGUGCCACUAUUCGCCCAAAUAUAACAGCAACAAUAAUCUUGAUGAGCUAAAAAUAUUAAUGUAGUGCGACCUCACUCAUCUGCAUUGAUUGCGAUGUCUUUGUCGAAGUGAAAACGUGGCUGGAAUCGCGGCCCAAUUCACAUUGGAAAAGAACCUCAGCACUGGCAUUCAUUACAUAGUAACUAAUAUUCUCAUCGCUGUUCGGUAAGCAAUAGAAUUAUAGGAGUACAGUACAUUUAUUUACUUAGCAGUGAGUAGGACGCGCCUUUCUGCGAAGCGGGACAAGAUUGUAAACAAGUAAAUAAAUUCGUUCUUUUAACGAACAGUUUCUUGAUGUGUGUUUUGACAUGAAAUCGAAAACUCGCCCGCUGGAAGGUUGUUGCGUUUAUUCUCCCUCGCAGCACAAGAAGGAGCAAUGUUUUGAACUUGGGUGAAAAAGAAAUGGCCCCAGAAGUCUCUUUCGGAGUUGGGCUGGAAAUGUUGGCAGCCCCAGCAGCAGCCUCCCUUUUGUCCGUCAGGCCGAGGCCUCCAACGCAGCGACCGGCACGCGGCCACCGGGUGGCGCUCUUGCUCCACCGAAGACGCCUCGCCCUUCCCAACUUGACCGCGCUGACGUCACGGCGCGUCUGGAGCAUCAAGGCCACUUCCACGCCGCGAUUGAUGUCAGCAUCCCACUGUCCUUCUUCUCUCGGAAGGAUCCACCGACGGGGCUGAAAAAAAAAAAAAUGUCAUGUCCCAAUAACUUCCUGAUGGAUUCCUUAAUGGCAGGAUCGCCGUCGUACUCCGGCGGGCCGGGGAUGUUCCUUCACGCCGCCUCGGAUUACGGCUGCUCCGGAGGGAGGAGCGCGGCAAAGGUGGCCAAGGCCGCUGAGGGACUCCCGCUCGGGGGCUUCCACGACGGGGCCUACCUGCCCUCGCAGCUGGCCACAUGGAGCCCGGGCUCCGAAUGCGGGGGGGACGCGCAACCUGUUGCCCCGUGUUUACAAGCGCGCGACGUCAAAGAGGAGGCGUUUUGUGGCCGCUAUCCGGAUGACGGCAAUAACGGCAAAGACACAACAGAGCCCGCCGUCUACAUCCGGCUGGGGGACAAUAGCGGCGGGCCCUCCUUCCGGGGGUACCAGGCCGAGGCCGAGGUCGAGUCGCAGGCUCGCCGUCGGCGGGACGAGCGGCGGCUCCCCUCCGGGCUCUCCUUGGCCGAGCCCGAGCCGACAGCACGGGACGAGAGCCCGGGUCGGGGCAGGCGGCGCAGGGCCCGCAGUGGCAGCCGCUCUGAUGAUUCGGAAGUCCAAUGCAAAGAUCCUUCCCCGGAGAAGACCACCGGAAGCUGGCUGAAGGCCAAAAGCGGCCGGAAGAAGCGCUGCCCUUACACCAAGCACCAGACGCUGGAGCUGGAGAAGGAAUUUUUAUUCAAUAUGUAUUUGUCCCGCGAGCGCCGCCUGGAGAUCAGCCGGAGUAUCAACCUGACCGACAGACAGGUCAAGAUCUGGUUCCAGAACAGACGCAUGAAGCUCAAGAAGCUCAGCAGGGAGAACCGCCAUCGGGACCAUGGCGCCGUCUACCAUUACGUCUAGAAACAAGAUCACGUGUCCGGACACACACACACACACACACACACACACCACACACACACACACACGCGCACACACACACACACACACACACACACGCACGCACCACCACCGCCACCACGUAGAAACCGUUCAUCGACUGCAUCUGGACCCAAAUCCACACGCACACACACGCAAGAGGCGAAUGCACGCAGCAACUCACUUGGGGGAGAUGGGGAGGGGGGGGGGGGGGAAAUAGAGAAGAAAAAAAAAACACCAAACGAAAAGAAGAAUAAAAAGAAAACCCCGCAAGAGAAAGCGACGUGCACUCGUCCAGCUGUGCACGUGCGCGAGAUGCCUACGUUAGCACGUCACGUCACGUCGCGUCGCGUCGCGUCACGUCACAAAACAACACGCGAAGCAACGAGAGCGAACUUGUCCUGGGAAAGAAAAAGAACAAAAACAAAGGAGAACAAGCGAGAGGCCGCCGCCGAGAGCGUCAGGCCGCUUUUAAUCCAAGCGGCAGACCGUAACCUUGAUUUAGAUAUUAUCCAGGUGACCACAGUAAGUCGAGGUCAUAAAAAACGAAUGUCAGCUCCGGCCCGGAAAACGUUGGGGGUGCAUUUUAUGAUCUGCAAAUAUAAUGUGCCGCAGCGGUAGAGAUGCGCUUCAAAAGGUGUGAGCGCGCGGGCGGAGGAGGGCGAAUCCGCACACCCCCGCAAAGUGCACGAGCAACACUUAAGCAGGCUGCAGCCUGCAGAAAAGAAAGAAAGAAAGAUGGAGGACACCGAAAGAAAGAAAGAGAGAAAGAAAAAUGGAGGAUACACGGAGUGGGGGCAAGGACGUCGGUCGAUCGAGAAGAGCACGUGGAUAGGAGCGGCUCCAGGACAAGGACGUGCUGCCCAGCUGCAGGCAAACCAGCGGCGCACAGAACCACAUCGGCCAAGACUACACUUUGGAGCCGGCCCGGACGGCUCAGGAGCAC